AUGACCAACGACCUCGUGAUGGACGACACCUUGACCAAAGUGUCAACGGAAGCGGCCUCCGAUUUGGUCAAAUCCUUCUACGUCGCACUUCAAUCCAACCGCCAGUCGAUCGCAACCUAUUACUCUGCGACUCCCACCACGAUCCUAUUCAAUGGCAACCAAGUCGCAGACGGUCCUGCAGUCCAGGAAAUUUUCGUGAAUCAGAUGCCUACCGCCAAGUACGAGGUCCAGUCUUAUGACGCCCAGAUCAUCAACCGCGCGUAUCCCACCCCGACUGCCGAUGGCGGUACCAAGCCCACCUCCGAGAUGGGUAUCAAGGACAUGUCGCUUCUGGUUCUUGUCAGCGGAUUUGUCACGUACGGCGAUGGCCCCGACCUUCCGCAGCGCGCGUUCAGCGAGAGUUUCGUCAUGAUCCCGAACCCCACCGCGUCGGACCGGGGCAAGCACCGCAAGGACUGGCUCAUCCAAAGCCACAACUUCCGCUUGGUUGUCUGA